AUGGCGAAGGAGCGGGUCCAGAAGAAGUCCUUCCAGCAGAGUCUGGAGGACAUCAAGGAGAAGAUGAAGGAGAAGAGGAACAAGCGGCUGGCCAGUGCCUCGGCUCCCAGCAGGGGAAGACCCAGGAUCAGUCACAAAAGCAGCGGGGCCAUGUCCGCCAACACCAUCCUGGUCGGUGUCCAGGAGAACAACAAGUCGCUGGCCGUGGCCCUGCAGUCUGAAAAGGACAAAGUGAGACAAGCCAACGCAGUGAUCCUGCAGCUGAAGCGAGAGCAGCAGGCGCUGUUCCUGCACCUGCUGCUGCUCAAGAGGAAGCUGAAGGACCGGGAAGCCCAGGCGGCGAGCGCCUCAGAGACAAAAGCUGCAAACAUCUCAGUUGAACGUCAGCACCACAGGAAUUCAGCAAGGAGAAAGCGGACCAGCGAGAACCUCGAUGAGCCCGUUGUGUGCAAAGCUUCACCAAUUAGUGCAGAGCCUCAGACCUCUGGACAACCUGGAUGUGACAAGCAGCUUACUUUGCCAUCCUCGGUGGUUGUACGGCGUGGGCACGCGGACAGAAGACACAACAGGAGGUCUGAGCGUGUGCAGGAACAGAGGUUGUUGAGUGCAGGCGACUCCACAGCAGCCUUAGAGACUUUAAUAGCAAGUCCUAUUCAGGCAGAGGAUAGAAAUCCAAAUCAGCCGCUGCCAGAACCGGAAUCAGAACUCGCAGAUCUCAUUGACACUGAAGAGCUCCAGCACUCUACCCCUGAACAAGUCCCGCCUAAAAAAAGCAGCCAAAAGCCGCCCAACAGGAAACAAGCCCAGCAGCAGACCCGCAGCAAACCAGAGGCGCCUGCACAGAAAGCUGAGAGAGGCCGCCGACCGGAGCGCGCCCAGUUAAAGAAGCCGUGGGACAAACCCAAACCCAGAGCCCGCUCCAAGAGUCGGGACCGUUCAGCCACACGUUCCAAAGCAGCACCUCCGUCACAGGGCAACAAGCUCAACACGUCGCUGGGAAUGAACGACACGUUUGACUUUGACUGUGAAGAGACGGUUCACGUGGCGCCGUUCAGGGCGAAGGCCGAGGGCAGUCAGCCGGCCACGCCCCUCGGCGAAGAGGCUCAGCAAGGAGAACAGGUCCAAACCAGUGCGUCACCUGGCGCCUCCAGACUGAAUGAGUCAAGCUCGUCUUCAUCCUCAUCUGAAUCCGAGGACAGCCUUUAUGUUCCUCAGAAAACCAGGAAGAGACAGACUUCACCGGGAAAGAGCAAAGUGAUCACCACUCGUAGAGGCCGGCCCAGACAAAAAGAAAACAUCCCUCCAACCAAGGAGAUCUCUGUCUUUAGAGAUGAGGAGUCAAGUCCCACGACUGCAGAGCCUGAAGAGAAAGAAGCUCAUCUCCCUCACUGCCCUGAUUCCAGCUUCUCUAACAGCCCGAGCCCGGAGGGGAUGGAACAGGAAAUUGACCAAGAGCCUCACAGGGCGAUUGUGGAGGAGGAUUGUUUGCUGGCUGUCAGUCCUCUGGUUGAAGCUGAGAUGAUGAGAAUAGACAACGUCCUGCACAACUUCAGAGAUUCCACCAGCGACGCUCCUCCUCUCUUACCUCAUCUGACACCUCAGCGGAUCAAGACGUGCAAGAGACGUGGGCGUGGUGUAAGGACAGCAGGGCGGGGCUUGAGUCUGUGUGAUGUGACCAAUAUGUCCCCUGCAGCCUACCGCAAGUACCCGUCUGACGGCAGAUCCUCCACUCCCGUCGCGGCUCGCAAGCGGCGCUGCACCAUGGUGGUGGACUACAAGGAGCCCUCGCUGAACGGGAAACUUCGGCGGGGAGACAAGUUCACAGACCUGCAGUUCCUCCGUUCUCCUAUAUUCAAGGGGAAGACUGACAGCAGGUCUGUGCAGCCCCCAAGGAGCUCGGUGAGCGGCAAGAACCCGAGGAGCUCUGUGAGCGGCAAGAACCCGAGGAGCUCUGUGAGCGGCAAGCAGCCGUUUGAGAAAUACAACGAGUCGUUUGUCGGCUGCCGCUGAAACCAGCAACCUCGUUUUCAA